AUGGAGACUGCAGAGGCCUAAGACACACUAGCAUAAAAGCAAGAAGUUCAAGAAGAAGAGAAAGUUGAAGCACCAAAGCAAAAGGCUGUAUAAUAGAAAGUUACUUUCAAGAUCACUAAUGCUUCAGACCCUAAAUUACCCUUUAGAACUAUAUCAGUUCCAGAGGGUGCUCCAUUUACUGCCUGUGUUAAAUUCGUAGCUGAGGAAUUCAAAGUCAACCCAGGUACUACUGCCAUUAUUACUAAUACUGGAGUCGGAAUUAAUCCCUAGCAAACUGCAGGCACUGUGUUUUUAAAGCAUGGAUCAGAAUUGAAAAUGAUACCUAGAGACAGAGUUGGGGGAUUAUGA